AUGGGGGUCGAGGUUCCCGUGAUGGCGCGAUUUUCGACGACCGUCCUGGAAACGGGGUCAUCCGAUGGGGUCGAAGAUAUGAGAGGGUUCGCCGUCAAGUUUUAUACGCAGGAUGGAAAUUACGAUUUGCUCAUGUUGAACAUAAAAGCGUUCAAUAUUCGAGACCCGAUCCUUUUCCCGAGCAUUGGACGAUCGAGGAUGCGUCACCCGGAGACGUUUGUCCUGGAUCCGGAUACUUACUGGGAUUUUACCUCGUUACGACCGGAAGUCACCUUUGGAACGUUGCUCUCCUUCAGUGAUGCGGGACGGAUGAAAAAUUACAGGGAGAUGAAGGGUUUCGCGUUGAAUACGUUUAAGUGGACGGGUGGACAGUGUGGGGAAAGCGUUUUUGUGAGGUAUCACAUGUUGCCGGAUGAUGUACAGGAACCUGUCUCAACAUCCCCCUCCUCUUGUCCUUAUGAAGACCCUGACCAUUUCCGCAAAGAUUUAUACCAUUCCAUCAAAUCAUCCCGUUUCCCCACGUGGACUUUAAAUAUCCAAAUAAUGACCCCAUCCACCUCCUCGACAUGCACCUUUGACCCCUUCGACCCAACCAAAAUCUGGCCCGAGAAGGAAUUUCCCCUCAUCCCCGUCGGCACAAUGACCCUCAACCAGAACCCCUCCAAUUUUGCCGAGCAAAUCGAAAAGGUCGCCUUUCACCCGGGAAAUUUGAUCCCUGGCGUCGCCCUUAGUCCAGAUCGGGUCCUCCAUGGGCGAAUUUUUGCAUACAGCGUCGCCCAACGACACCGGCUGGGUCGCGACUUUAACAAAAUUCCGGUUAAUUGCCCGCUCCAUAGAAAUGAAAAAACCGAAAUUUUUUCCAACCGGUUCAACCAAGUUAAAUAUUUUCCGAGCAGUUUUAACGGAAUAAGUUCCCAUAAUGGCAACAGAAACGGAAAUGAGGGUGGCGACAUCGUCACGAGUGACACUGUGACACGUCCGGAUCGCGGCCAAGAGGACAAUUACCGUCAAAUCGAUGACUACUGGAGGGGCGAAAUGUCCCCCGAGGAAAGGUUAUCUUUCGAAUCAUGA